AAAAAAUGCAUAGUAUUGAUGUUGUUGAUGGCGGUAGUAAUAGCGACCAUGGGAGGAGAAGUAGAAGGAGUUUCAUGCGAGAUCAAGUGCAUGCUUAAGUGUGGUGGUCUCUUGGCAGUGCGCGCAUACAUGGCAUGCAUCGAGCCAUGUAUGCACGCACAAUGCCACAAACCACCUAGUCCUCCAUCUCAAUCAUCGAUGGAUGCUAUAGGAAGGAGAAACAUCAAAGAAGUUGAAGGACUUUCAUGUAUGGACAAAUGCAUGUUCUUGUGCGGGCUCACCCUGACCCCUCAAAAAACUUGCACCGAUCGAUGUCUAAAGAAAUGCCAUAAAUCAUAUGUUUUCCCAUCUCAAUUAUCCUAAGUAUAAUUUAUGUACUUUUUAUUGUUGAAAUAUAAAAUUUAUUGAUCGACAAAGAAAAAUAUAAUUACAUGGUUAAAAGUGGAA